UACUAUAGGUAUUAGGUAACGUAAUUUAAAUUGGCAUUUUAAAAAGUUUUUGGCGCUUUUUUUCUAAAAAAAUGCUAAAACAAGAUCGUUUAAGUCGCGAAUUAGCAAAAUUAGCAAAUACAGAAACAAAUGGCAUCUGUGUAUUCCCAAAAGACGACAAUUUUAGUGUUAUGGAAGCACAAAUCACUGGUCCUGAAAACACAGCCUAUGAACGAGGUGUUUUUAAGUUAGAAAUAAUUAUUCCUGAGAAAUAUCCUUUUACGCCUCCUUCUAUUAAGUUUCUAACAAAAAUUUAUCACCCAAACAUCGACGACAGUGGAAGAAUUUGUUUAGAUUUGAUGAAAAUGCCACCUAACGGAGGUUGGAAGCCUAUUAUUGGCAUAGAAGCCCUUUUAAUUGCAAUACGAAUGUUGCUAGAGACUCCCAAUCCUGAAGAUCCAUUAAUGGUUGACAUUGCUGAAGAAUAUUUAAGAUUUAAUGAUAAAUUUAAGAGAAAAGCUAGAGAAUAUACUGAAAAAUAUGCAAAGUGAUUAUUAGUGAAAAACAAAUAGAAUAAAAGAUUAUAUUAAUUGUCUAAUAUAUAAUUAUUGUUAAAAUACAGCUUAAGUUAAUUAAAAUAUACAGAUAUUUACAAAAAUA